AUGGCGUGGCAGCGUUUGAUUCGAUUCGUGGACGAGUCUGGCAUCGUGGGCUUCGGCGACGCUUGUGUGAACAAUGGGGACGAUCUCCUUGAUUCUGUACGAGAGCGAACCCUAUAUGCUAUUAGACUGGCUGGACAGGACCCGUUCACGCUAGUAGCGACUGACGACAAGGUCAAAGUCGUAAGACUCCUCGGUGUACUCGACGAGCAACAUGUUGAAGUCUUCAAAUGUAUUGGUCUCAAUUACAUGAAGCACAUUCGAGAAACUGGUCGAAAGGCUCCUGCUUAUCCGUCCAUGUUCAUGAAGCCUUCCUCAGCUGUUGCGGCGUGGGACGCGAACGUCGAAGUUCCGACAGUCGCGCAGGGCAAACAAAUCGAUUACGAGGGCGAAUUGGCGGUCGUGAUCGGCAAGACUGGCAAGAACAUCUCUCGCGAAGACGCCUUAGAGCACGUUGCGGGCUUCGUGUGCUCUAACGACGUUUCGGCCAGGACCUGGCAGCGAGACCCGGACUUCGCCGGUGGGGUGCCUCAAUGGUCGUUUGCGAAGUCCUUUGACACCUUCGCCCCUCUUGGUCCUAUGCUCGUUUCGCCCAGUGUGGUCGGUUCUGGGAAUAAAUUGCAUCUUCAGACGUUCGUAAACGGCGAGAAACGUCAGGAUUCUAGUACGGAAGAUUUGUUAUUCGACGUGCAGUCUAUUAUCAGCUUCCUCAGUCAAGGCUCGACUUUGAGGAAAGGUACAGUCAUCAUGACUGGGACGCCAGGUGGUGUAGUGUUGGGCCUGCCAGAACCUAAACCCUGGCUACAAGACGGAGACAUCGUGGAGGUCAGAAUCGAACAACUAGGCAGUUGUGUGAACAGAAUUGUCCACGAACCGGCAAGGGCUGUACUUUGA